CCAUGCGCAGUGCACUGUGAAUAUCUCCGUUGCAGUUGUUUUUAAAAAGGUUGCGUUAAUAAAUUAGACUAGUUGUCGUGUUGCGGUACAUGUUAAAUAAUCGGAAAAUCUAGUCAAGUGAUUUCUUAUUUAUAUCAUCGACCGCGUGAAGCAUCAUGCAAGCUGAAAUUCGUAAGCCCGCGAAAUCUGAGAAGACCCCGCGGCGCAAGAAACACUCCGAGCAGCUGAGCGGCGCAAUGGACUUGUUCGUGUCCCCCAAACGUCAGAAAACCGACGAUUUAGAAGUGACGGGUAUAUCCCGUAGCGGUCGAGUACGGAAAAAGUCCUCAAAGCUCAUGGACUUUGAGUCACCUGAUGAUUUGGCGGACAGUAAAUACAAGCGUCAGAAAGCUCAACAACUCCAGACACAGCAAUUACUUGAUCGAUACGAGACUCAGCAGCAGCAGCAACAGCAACAACAACACCAUCAAAUGGCACAGGGUCACUCUGGUCAUCAAGGACACACACCACGUCCAAGAAAAAACUCAGGCUCUAAUGUGGUGCAUCAAAGGAUUAAAGCAGAACCCUUGUCAGACAAUGAAGGGCAAUCCUCAGGAUCAGAUUCGGACGAUGCUGGUGAGAUGCACGAGGAUGAGAGGUUCAGCAUGGAGUCAGCAAGCGAGGACGAAGUGGAUCCUCUGAUGAUCGACGACCGAGAGACAGGAUUCCGGAGACUGGAACCUCCUGGACAGGAGUCUACUCCGUCUCAGGCAAACAGUCUGUAUAUGCUUGAAAAGUGCAAGAAAAAAUUGAUUAUCAAAGAUGGAAAAAUUAUAGGUAGAAUGAAGGCGCAGCGCAAGGACAAGGGUAAAACAAGAUUCACAGCAUAUAUGUUAUGGGCCAAGGAGAUACGACAGGAGCUUCUAGAAAAGUGUCCGUACAUGGAUUUUGCAGCAAUUUCUAAGCGACUAGGAGAACUUUGGGCUACAGUACCAAAUCUAGAGAAGUACAACUGGCGUAGACGUGCAAAACGCUUAGCAGCCAAACCUCACGUGCCUCCUGCACCCAAGGAUGAGUCUGUUUGGAAAAUGCCACCUCCAGCCUCGCGUAAGAAAUUCAUUAAUAAAAUUGGAAAUGGAAAGGAAAGCAAACCUUCGUCUUCAAAGAAAACUAUUCAAUUAGGAGUACCAUCCGUUGUAGGAAAUGUUCCAGUAUCUCCACCGACUAGUCGCGGUGGCAAAGACCUUGUAAACGAACCUGUCAUUGGUACAGGAAUGUAUAAGGUCGUUGGAACGCAACCUGUUGACGUUGCCGCUCAUCUUAAGUUACUCGGUGAGAGUCUAACAAUAAUAGGUGAGCGAUUGAAGGAACACGAAGGCCAGAUAGCGGUUUCAGGCAGCCUAUCGGUUUUAUUGGACUCGCUACUCUGUGCCUUAGGUCCUUUAAUUUGUCUUACGCAGCAGGUAUCUGGAACCGAUGGUGCUAAUCCAGAGACACUCUCACAAAUGCUCGACAAUAUUGCAUAUAUAAUGCCUGGUCUGUAAAUUUCAUAUUAGAUUAAGAAUAUCUUUUUUAAACCACUUAACAUAUGUUCCACUGUUCAAUACGGUGGUCUCGAUUCACGAACAAGUUUGAAAAACUUUAAAUCAUGACGAUGGCUCACUCGUCAAUUUUGAUUGUUUGUCAUACGCUGCCUUGUGUCGUAGAGACAGUGCACUCAAUGUGUAAUGUUAUUACAUAAUAUGUAAUUAAAAUGUCACUAGAUAUGUUAUCAAAAAUAUAUCUUGUAUUUCAUACAA